UUCUCGAGAUGUGCCACAUAGCGACAAACACCAACACAGUCAACAAGAGAAGUGACAUCGCAGGCCUUAGUACAACAUACGCCGGCAUCUUUCAUACCAUUGUCAACAAUAGCAAACAGAACGCAGGACAAACCGCUGCAUGUGAAUGAUGUGAUGGCGGUAUGAGCAGAAUUGUUUAGUGUGUGAUGUUAGUGUACGUUUCUGUUUUUAUUUUUGUUUUUACUUAUAUGCAUACGGAGCUGAAGAUAGCAUGUACCAUAUGUUACAAUUUAUUAGAAGAGGCUUUUAUCUGCUUCUUAGGAAAGAGACGUCAACGAGAAUAGCAAAACAUUAUGCAACCGAAGCAAAAUUCGAAACCAAACCCUUCAAACUUCAUAAUCUGCAGAAAGGUCCAUCAACUAGUACUAUUAUUACUCAAGAGCAAGCAAUCAAAAUGUAUACAUUGAUGCAAACUAUUCGUCGGCUGGAGACAUCCGCUGGUAACUUAUACAAGGAAAAAAUUGUUCGUGGUUUCUGUCAUUUAUACUCAGGACAAGAAGCAUGUGCUGUAGGGAUGAAAGAAGCUAUGCGUCCUCAAGAUAAUAUAAUCUCAGCAUACCGCGUCCAUGGUUGGACUUUUCUGAUGGGAGUUAGUCCUAAAAGCGUAUUAUGCGAACUGACUGGUAAGCAAGGCGGAUGCGCGAGGGGUAAAGGAGGCUCUAUGCAUAUGUAUGCUCCUAACUUUUAUGGAGGAAAUGGUAUAGUCGGCGCACAAGUACCAUUAGGUGCCGGCGUGGCUAUGGCCUGUCAAUACAAAGGAAAUAAUGGAGUUUGCUUAACAUUGUAUGGCGAUGGAGCUUCAAAUCAAGGACAGGUUUUUGAAGCUUAUAAUAUGGCAUACCUUUGGAAAUUGCCAUGCAUUUUUGUCUGUGAGAAUAACGGCUAUGGCAUGGGAACCAGUAGUGACCGAUCAUCGUGUAAUACGAGUUAUUUUCAACGUGGAGAUGUUCUGCCAGGCAUUUGGGUUGACGGUAUGGAUGUUGUAGCAGUUAAACUGGCCACUGAUUUUGCAAUAGAAUAUGUACUUAAGCAUGGCCCAUUGGUUAUGGAAGUAUUUACAUACAGAUACUCUGGUCACUCUAUGUCUGAUCCUGGUACUAGCUAUCGAACACGGGACGAAGUUCAAGAAGUUCGCCAAACUCGGGAUCCAAUUUCAUCGUUUAAAGACAAAAUAAUUACCGCAGGAUUAGUAACUGCGGAUGAUUUGAAGACUAUCGACGGAAAAAUUAAAACUGAAAUUGACGAAGCAACUGCAGCGGCAAAGGCUGAUAGUGAAAUAGGGCUUACAGAAUUAACUACUGAUAUUUACGCAAAGAAUCUGGAAGGCGACUUGAGAGGAACUUCUCCCAGCUCGUGGCUUAAGCAUGCAACUUUGAAACGUGCUAUCAACCUAUGACAUAUUUCUUUUCCUAGGUAAAAUUGUUGGGAUAAAAUA